AUGAUUGAAUCAGAUUUAGAAGGAUCUGUAAAAGCCAUUUCUGCAGCUGCUGCUGCUGCUGCUGCCGCCCAGGCUGAUGUCCAACGGGAGAUUAGAUCAAUUGCAGUUCGAGCCUUUCUCAAACGUUCUCGAAACGUAGCAAUCUACCAUGUUAGGCUAGGUGCAAAUAAUGGGGUGGAUUGGUUAGCUAGUGCCUCUUAUGUCCUCAAAAUUGAAUUAAUGACUCCAAUGAAUCCAGCAACAUUUGUCGAUUAA